AUGAUGAUUGGUGAUUGGGGAAUGGGUGUUGGUUCAAGAAUCAAAAGGCACUCACGAUAUGGUGGAACUUGGAAGCAAGAUGUUCAUGCUCAUUAUACAAAUGUCUGCAUUACCAAUGAAAACAAUGCAUCUCAGACCAGAAACUUCAACAUCCUAAGUAAUUAUUCAGAAAGCAGGGAAUAA